AUGGCCAUGUGGAUAUGGCAUCCCGAAUGGACAGAGCACUCAACGGACUCCGCUGGAGCAUUUGUUCACUUUCGCAAGACAAUAACUGUGACAGAAAGUAUUUCAAAACCAGUACAUAUUCACAUCACCGCCGACACGAAAUACAAGCUCUAUGUAAAUUCCGACCUUGUAUCUGUUGGUCCCGUCAAAGGGGACCGUCACCUUUGGUUUUACGACGAGCUAGAUAUUCAACCGUACUUAAGAUUGGGAGCCAACACCAUCAGUGUGAGAGUUCUGCGAUUGUACCAUGCCACGACACACGCAACCAGCUUUCCGCGAUUACAUGUGCCAGGUCUCCUCAUCCGCAACGGUGGCUUGGAUCCCGCUCCGGCCAUCGAUGUUCAGACCAACGACAGCUGGGAAACGGCCCUGGAUAAAUCAACCACGCUACCAACAAACAUUCUAGAGGACGCGUUCUUGCACAUCUACGAGAAAGUCGGUCAAUACACGACGCAGCCAAACUGGAUACCGGCCAAACCUUUGGUUUUUUCCACCUCCCAUGGCCUUGCGGCCCCAUGGAAACUUUCUCCCCGCCUGAUCCCAUUUCCUCGAUAUGAGCCAGUGACAUUUAAAGCCAUUCACAACAUUGAAAGCAACCAGCCCCGAGCGAACUGGGAAGAAGCUUUGCUUGGCCCCCAUGACACAACUUCCGAGGGAAUCUGUCUUCCAGCUGGAAGUCGGCAUCGUUUGGAACUGGAAGUUGAAAACCAUACGACUGCACUGCUUUACUUCCGGUUCAAGUGUCCUGAACAUGCUGGUAGUACCAUGCAGGUGGUCUACUCCGAGUGUUAUGAAGACGUACCCGAUAUUGUCCCAUGGAUCAGAAGAAAAGGCGACCGCCGGGAUACCGGAAAGAAACUGUUAGGGCCAAAAGACGAGUAUUGUAUUUCUGGUGUUGCCGAUCAAAAGCUCAGGAGUACACUGAACUACAACUCAAACUGUUCCGAUGAAGACGUAUUUGCGCCGUUUCACUUUCGAACGUUUCGAUUCCUGGCAUUGGAUAUCACGGUAUCAGCACUCUCAGAUCUCACCAUGAAGCGCAUUGACAUAACCACAACAAAAUACCCCCUACAGGUCCUUGCAGAUUUUGAGGUUCCAUCCGCUGAUAAUCACGCCAGGCAAUCAUCCAACUUCACAACUCAUACUCGCCAGCAGUUUCGACUUACGGCUAGCCGCGCGCCAGCUCACCAACUUCAGCUAAUCCCACAUUUCUCCCUGUUUUGGAUCUGCAUGAUAAGCGAUCAUUUUGAAUACUUCCAUGACGGCGAAUUUGUUCGUCAAUUCCUGCCCGUGUGCGACGGCGUGUUGGAUUCGUUUGCUCGCCGCAUCGACUCCAAGCUCGGCCUCAUUCGUUUGUCCGACAGCUCAGAGCAAUGGGAUUUUGUCGAUUGGGCAGAUUCAUGGAAGCCAUUGGGGAUUCCACCGGCGGCGGAAAGGACUGGCUUUGCAUCAUAUACCAACAUGUUGUAUGCAUAUACACUGAAACGGAUGUCGGAUGUUUUGGUUUCCGUGGGUCGUUCUGCAGUUGCUGGAGAAUACCAACUGAGAGCCGAUGAAACGCUGCUUGCGCUGAAGGCCCACUGCUUUGAUGGACACUUCUUCACAGACGGUCUAGCCUCCGAAGCCGCCUGUGACAAUGAUUAUAGUCAACAUGGUCAGGUUUGGGCCGUUUUGUCUGGUGCCGCAACGGGCGAUUUGGCUUUUGAUAUCAUCUCUGAAUGCACUGCAGUGUCGGGUGCUAGAACAUUUACACAGGCAUCAACGGCAAUGUCUUUUUACACGCUUCGUGCUAUGUCAAUGGUUGGAGGUAGUCUGUAUGACGAAAGGUUCCACGGAUUUUGGGGACCAUGGAAAGACCAGUUGUCCCUGAAUCUUACCACAUGGUUGGAAGAUACAGUCUCCCAACGAUCAGAUUGUCAUGCAUGGGGAAGCUCGCCAAUAUAUGAGUUCACGACCGAGGUUGCUGGCGUUCGAAUGGGUACACCAGGGUGGAAGACCAUGACCUUCCAUCCACGCGUCAGUUUGUUCCCAACACUCGAUAUUAAAGUACCCUUCGGGGUCCCUGGCUCAUUUGGAUUGGCACACGUUCAUUGGAAACGCGAGCACAAUACUACCAAAGUUUCGUUGUCGUUGACCAUGCAUACCGGGAAGUCUGUAAAUAUGCCCAUCCGAGUCGUCUAUCCGGAUGGGCAUGACGAGAUGAUGGACGGGGCUGAAGAUAUUCACCUGACGUUGAAUUCAAAUUGA